AUGAUUCUGAAAUUUGAAAAGGCCAUCAACAAGAACCAAGAACAACGUGUCCGAUAUGCUGAUCAGCCUGAAAAGUUUAUGGAGUCAGAAGCAGAUUUGGACGAAGAAAUAAAAAACCUCGCGACGUUGACCGAAGCACCUCAUUUAUAUCCGGAAAUCGUAAAACUUGGAAGCGUUCCAUCCAUUAUGUCGCUGUUGAGCCAUGAAAAUACGGAUAUCGCGAUUGAUGCUAUUGAUCUUAUCAAUGAGCUUAUCGAUGAAGACGUUGGUACCGGUGAAGAUGAAUUGGAGAGAUCAGAAGAAGCAACAAACGGUAUGAAGGCGUUGGCAAAUGCAUUGCUUGAAAACGAAUUGUUAGAAUUGCUUGUCCAAAAUCUUGAGCGUUUGGAUGAAAAGGAAGAAGCAGAUCGACAAGGCAUAUUCAAAAUUUUGGGAAUCAUGGAAAGUUUAUUAGGUCUAGAUCCUCAGCUGGCUGAAAGAAUUGCUCUAAAAACAGAGAUAAUGCCUUGGUUGUUGAAGCGUGUGCAAGGGAAAGGAUAUGAUUCUAAUCGUGGAUAUGCCGCUGAAAUCAUUUCGAUCUUAUUACAAGAAAGCCGAGAUAUCCGUUUAAAGCUAGGAGAAUUGAAUGGUGUCGAUGUUUUACUUCGUGCACUUUCAGGUUAUCGUAAAAAGGAUCCAGAGGAUGAGGAUGAAAGUGAAAUGGUGGAGAACUUUUUCAAUGCGUUAUGCUCUGGACUUAAUGAACCUGAAAUCAAAGAAAAGUUCUUAGAGGGUGAAGGUGUCGAACUAAUGGUGAUAAUGCUUAAAGAGAGAACGCUUGCUCGUAUUCGUGCAAUGAAGGUGCUGAACUACGCUUUGACAACUGAAGCAGGUCGUGGAAACUGUUUGCGAUUUGGUGUCAAAAAGUUAAAAAAGGCGUACAGCAAGACAUUCGUUGAAUCAGAAGAUGAAGAACAUAUCAUGUGUAUUAUUCUAUCAUUAUUGCGAAACUUAUCCCGAAACGACGUCCAACGAUUACGUUUGGUCAAGAAAUUCAUAGACGACAAUUUCGAAAAGAUUGACCGCUUAUUAGAAAUGAAAGAAUUUUACGAGGGCAAAGACCAACGUGUUCGCGCAGAGAUCGAAAAGGAAAAAGAAGAAUAUGAUGAGGAAGAUAUCGAGGUUUUGAAAGACGAUUUCUAUUUACGCCGACUGGAUGCAGGAUUAUUCACAUUGCAACGUGUCUGUUUGGUGAUUGCCGCGCUCAGCAAAGAAGACCAAGGCAUCCGUGAACGAACAAUGAUGAUGCUGAAGCGACAAGGCAGUGAUAUCUCCAGCAUCUUUAGAAUCAUUGAAGAGGAAACCGCAUUGAUGGCAGAUUUCAGCUAUCUUUCUCGAGUGGCAACGGGUGGUGCUGUAGAAGCGGAUGAUCAGCGAUAA